AUGGCAGUAAUGCUCCAAAAAGCGACGGACAAAGCGCCUGAAGUCGGGUUUAUGCUCGAAGCGACGCAGCGGACCUCAUUCUCUCGAAGACUCACCGCGACAACAGUUAAGCGGGCAGUCAAGCCAAGACUGGGUCACUACGACGGCACGGUCGACCCACGAGAUUUCUUACUCACCUUCGGCGUAGCCCUCGGCCCUCUACAGUUCAGCCCAGCAGAGUACGACGCUGGAGCUUGCCAAGUCUUCACCGAGCAUCUGACGGGAACCGCCUUGAGCUGGUUCUCGAGACUCCCAUCUGGAUCAAUUGACAGUAUCAAGGAGUUAAUAACUGAGUUUUUGAAGCAGUUCUCUGUUAUAUUUGAGGAUAAGAAUUCCCACGCCGACUUGUACGCCCUAACUCAGUACAAGGAUGAGUCGCUUCGGUCCUUCAUCAGACGAUUUAAAGAAAAUUACGUAAACAUUUCAAUUCCAGACGCUGCCGCUAUCGUCGCACUUCGAAAUGCGCUUUGGUACGAGUCACAAUUCAAGGAAGAACUGUCUUUAACACAUAUAGAGAACGUCGCCGAUGCAUUACUCCGAGCUGCGAAACACAUCGGGCCCGAGGAAGAGAAAGCUAUCAACGCCAAGAAGCACUCCUCGGAAGCGAGACCGAUAACCAAACAGCCCGUAGCCGUACCUCCAAAAUUCGAGCACGUUGAGCCUCGACAACAUUUCAACAGAAACCAAGAUCGAACUCGUCGAACCUUUGCGAUCGGCGAAAAUAAGUACAUCCGGAAAGAGGGAGGUGAGAAUAGUGCAACCUCGUAUUGCGACUACCAUCAAAGUACCACCCAUACGACUGAAGAAUGUCAUUACCUCCAAAAGGUCUUGAUGGAACGAUACAAGAAAGGGACGAUAGUCGUCGAACCCGACAGAAGCAAGACAGCCCGACCUGGACGAAGCGAUGUCAAGCGCGCUGAAAAUAUAGAUACUUGCCGACCAAAGCGAAGACGAGAUAGAAAUUCAAAAUCUACUCGCUGA